GUCUAGAGUCCUGUACUAACACCAACCACUUACCAUAGUAUAAAUCAAUACGCUCUCCCAUCUCCCCCAUCUCCCACCUCGGCGCCAUCUCUUCAACAGUCAUCAACCUCGAUUAGCUUUUGUAUCUUCGAAAAUGUGCCAGUGGCUACAAGGGGACCCAUCGAUAGAGCCCCCCUGGCCGCAACUCUCACGAACAAACAAACGCAUAUCUUAGGCAAUGAUAUAGCGAUUACAAACAGCCAGAGACAUCGGAGAUUGUCUAAAGGGCUUCUCUGGGAAUCACAGCGCGACAAGUUUCACAUACCACCGCAGGGAAACAUCCUGUUGUACAACUAUGGCUUCUCCCAACCAGACCUCGGCCGAUGGCUCAUCGCCUGAAUACUGCCUACCACCGCCACCAAAUCCAGCAGCAGACGUUGGUCUCAGCGUUCAGUCGACCACCCCGGAUCCCGAAUUGGCAACUCCAUCUGUCUCAAGCCUCGACGUCUUUAAACUACCUCCAAUUUCCGCGCUGAAACUCGUCUGUGCUGGAAUUGAGGCGCUCGUCCGCGUCACAGGCGACAUACCACCAACUCCGCCCACGAGUGGGCGCCAGACCCCCAAUAUGCGCGGUAUGCAGGAGGAAAAAGAGAAUAUCGUACGCAGCCACUCUUUGACCGAUCUGAGCAAGCACCGGCGCCCAUCUGUACCUUUCGCAUUUACCGCGGCAAAUGACGAGUACGAUGGGAUAAAUCUCAGGAAGAGGCCGAUUGCGAGCCUGGAGAAUGAGCAAAUGGAGAAUGAGCAAAAAGAGCCGUACAUUAUCAUCGGGGCUAACGCGGAGCCUCUCAAUCUUCAACAUAGCGCCAUAACGCGCAAAUUUUACUCGAAAAAGCCUCCCCCGAUCUCGAUUGAGGACUAUCUCAUGCGGAUACACAAGUUUUGUCCCAUGUCUACUGGCGUAUAUUUGGCAACGAGCGUAUAUAUUCAUCGUUUAGCCGUGGAAGAGCGUGCUAUACCAGUUACGAGGCGGAAUUGCCAUCGCCUGCUCCUCGCUGGGCUGCGGGUUGCCAUGAAGGCUUUGGAGGACCUGUCUUACCCUCAUCGAAGAUUUUCCAAGGUUGGGGGAGUCAGCGAAAAUGAGCUCGCUCGACUAGAGAUCAGCUUUUGCUUUCUCACCAAUUUUGAGUUGCGAACGACGAAAGAGAUGUUGUUGGACCAUGCUCUGACGCUGAAGCAGAUCAGUUCUAGCCAGGGUGCCUUUAAUGGCGGGCAUGGGUUUGAUUUACGGCUGCCACUGGGAAAGAGGGUUGUACUUGCCAAAGAAGGUGUGCAGGAGGUUACUGCGGACGCCUGAGCUCAUUAUUAUGGAUAUGUUUUGGGGGAUUGGAACGUCUUUUACGAUGUAACGUUGUCAUGCUAGGUGCCUGGCGCGAUGUACCUGCAUUUGAUAUCUGCGGUAGAUAUACGUUACCUAUGGGGAUUUACUUCACUGAUGUUUGUAAUACUCAUGGCUGCGGGAUAGAGGCAUGAGUUUCACGGCGUCCCUUCGGAGAUUUCUGGGCGUUAGCGGGGUAGUUUGGGUCACCAAUGGGGAAUUUGGAAAGCGGGAACUGAGUGGACUACUUUCACACACACUAUGGAAUUACUGUAGAAUACAUGCAACGAACAGAAUACAAGCAUUUACGAAG